AUGGCGUCUCGUGCUCUCUCGGUCCUCCCCUGCCUCGAUGCCAUGGAGCCGGAGAGGCCGCCGCCGGCACUCGUCAGCGAUGUCCUCGAGGAGAUCUUCCUGCGCGUGGCCUCCCCUGCGGACCUCGCGCGCGCCUCCGCCGCGUGCGUCUCCUUCCGCGGCCUCAUCAGCAGCCCGUCUUUCCUCCGCCGAUACCGCUCCGUCCACCCGCCGCUACUUCUCGGCUUCGUCAACCGCGAUGGCUUCCACCCUGUCGAGGCGACCCAUCCCUCUGCGGCUGUGGCCCGUGGUGUCGCCCGGACCGUCGACUUGUCCUUCCUUCCUCAUGGUCCGCAAGGUUGGUGUGCGUAUGAUGUCCGCGAUGGGCGUGUCCUCGUCGGACACAAGUGCCACUUCCGGCGCCUCCGCGAAUGCUGGGACAUCGCGGUGUGCGACCCCCUGUUCCAGCGAUACCUGCUGCUGCCUCCCAUGACCGACGACCUACUCGCCUCCGUCGGCCUCCAUAACAAAGACAUGCACAGAUCCUGGGCCUCCUUGAUCCCUUCUGGAGGCACGGAGGAGGGAACGUCGUCCAGCGUCAUCUGCUGGAUGUUUUCCAAGACAAGAUUGGCGGUAUUUAUCUUCUCAACAAAAACAAGCUCUGCUCACUGGGCUGCCGUUAAAUCUAUCAGUUGGGCUGAUCUAGGCUUGCCUGAAGAAGUUGACGACUGCCUGAAUCAUCCAGGCCAAUGCGUCUAUGGUUGCUUCUACUGGAAAAUAUACCGCAGAAACGAGUUGCUCAAGCUUGACAUGGACACUAUGGAGUUCUCCAAGUAUGACCUCCCUCCUGGUCAUCACCAGAGAAGUAUCGUCAUUGUGGAGUCAGUGGAAGGCAAGGUUGCGAUGUUUAGUACACUUGGUAAAGAGUCUGUGGAAUAUUACACCUUUGUGCAAAAUGGCGCUGACAAGUCCUAUAAGUGGCAUUUGAAGAGUACCAUCCCAUUGCCUGUCCAUGGUCCUAGUCACUUUUCUAUUGCUGGUCAAGCUGAAGGAUAUGUUUUCCUAAGAAACAUUAUAGAAGAACAGGAUAAAACAUAUUUAGAGUAUUUCUCUCUCGAGGUUAAGUCUUGCAAUAUUGCGAGAGCCUGUAGGACAAGUGGUAGAAUUAUUUCCUGGCCGUAUUUUGGUUUCCCACCAUCUAUGUCACCAAGGAGGCUUCAAGGAAAUGGAGAGGUACAUUUUGAUAAUGUGGACCUUAUAUCUGUUCACUCCCUGCCUCCUGCCUAA